AUGAUUGAUAUUGUAAAGCAAAUUCCUACCACAAAGAGCAAGAGGACCCAAAAGGAGGAGAAACCACUGUGUGGUAAGCACAAUGAGGUGCUAUCCCUGUUCUGUGAAAAAGACCUGGAGCUGCUGUGUUCCCAGUGCAGUAUCUCCUCCCACCACUCAGAUCACCACUUGAUGACCAUCGAGGAAGCUGCAACUAAUCAUAGGCAAAAGCUCAAAAGCUACAUUAAGACUCUGAAGAAACAAGUUGAAGAUGCUGAAAAGGGAUCAGAAAUGCAAGCUUCAAAGUCAUUUAAGUUGUGGAGGAAGGUGGAAAAUAAGAAAAGGGAACUGAACUUUGAAUACGAACAACUUAAACGGUUACUGGGUAAAGAGCAAGAUGCCAUUUUUUUGAAAUUACUUAUGGAAGAGAAGGAUAUUAAUGAAAAACUGAUUGAAAACCAAAUCUUACUUUCAGAUCAUAUUUCCACUCUGAAAAACCUUCUAAGUGAAAUAACAGAGAAAUGUGUGCAGGCUGACCUGGAGUUACUGACAGAUAUUGACAGCAUCCACAACAGAUACAAGAACCUAAAAACACCAGUAGUGUUUUCAUAUGAAUUAAAGGAAGAGCAUUGGUGCCUCCCUCCACAACACUUUGGCCUGCAGAAAAUGAUCAACAUUUUUAAGGUAGAUUUGACACUUGAUCUUGACAGGGCUUUCCCCAAUCUCAUCAUAUCAGAAGACAGAAAAAGUGUGAAAUAUGGAAAGAUGAAAAUGAAUUUACCCUACAAUCCCAAGAGAUUUACUGGUUAUCCAGCUGUACUGAGUUCUGAAGGAUUUACAGUUGGCAGGCAUUUCUGGCAGGUUGAA